AUGACAAACAAUAAAUUAUUAUUUAAAAAAGAUGUUAAUGGUCCAUGGUCUUUGCCAAUUAUUGGUGGUAUUUAUUUAAUUAAUGAUAAUCCAAACAGAGCAUUAACAAAAUUAUCAAAAAAAUAUGGUGGAAUUUAUAAAAUUUGGCUUGGUGAAUCAUUUUCAAUGGUUGUUUCAGAUCCAGAGAUUGUAAAUGAAAUUUGGGUUAAACAACAUGAUAAUUUUAUUAAUCGUCCAAAAAAUAUUACACAUAAAAUGUUUUCAAGUAAUUAUAGGUCACUCAAUUUUGGUGAUAAUCCAAAUUGGAAAUUUAAUAGAUCAAUGGCUUCAAGUCACUUUACAAAAACAAAAUUAUUAUCAUCAAAAGUAACAUCUGUUGUUGAAAAAAAAUUAAAUAAAUUAAUUGAAACAAUGGAAUAUCAUUCAAUAAAUAAAUUACCAUUUGAUUCAUAUGUUGGAUUUAGUGAGUAUUCAUUAAAUAUAAUUUUAAAUAUGCUUGUUUCAAUGGAUAUUGAUGAAUGUGAAAAUUCAACACAAAAUGUAAUUUAUUCAAUUAAUGAAAUUUUUAAAAUGCUUUCGACAAAUAGUCCACAAUAUAGCUUUCCAUAUUUAAAAUUCUUCUUUAAAAAAGAUUUAAAUAAUUUUAAAUUCCAUUUAGAUAAAAUUAAAUCUUUCAUUCAUUCAAUUUAUUUAAAACAAUUAGAAUCAUAUGAUCCUUCAAAUCCAAGAAAUAUUUUAGAUUCAUUCAUUAGUGAUCUCCAAUCAAAUGAUAUUGAUAUUUUAUUGCAAAUUUGUAUAGAUAUAGUGGUUGCAGGAACUGAUACUGUUGCAAACUUAUUACAAUGGUUUGUUUUAUUUUGUAUAAAUUAUCCAGAAAUUCAAGAAAAAUUAUAUAAUGAAAUUAUUGAAGUUGUUGGAAAAGAUUGCAAGGUUUUAAAAUAUGAACAUAUUUCAAAAAUGCCUUAUUUAUAUGGAUGCUUUAGAGAAUCAUUAAGAAUUCGUCCUGUCACACCAUUAUCAUUACCUCGUGUCGCAAAGUGUGAUACAUAUAUUAAAGAUGAUAUUUUUAUUCCAAAGGGUGCAACAAUAAUUCAAAAUAUAUUUGGAAUGGGAAAUGAUGAAAAAUAUAUAAGCGAACCAAAUAAAUUUAAACCAGAGAGAUGGGUUGAAUAUAUUAAAAAUAAAAAAGUUAAUAAAAAUGGAAAUGAAAAUUCUGUAAAUAAAUAUUUUAAUGAUUUAGAUAAAAUUUCAAUCCCAUUUGGUGUAGGAAAAAGACAAUGUUUGUCACCUGCAAUGGCAGAACAAGAAUCUUUACUUUCAAUCGCUACUGUGGUAUUAAACUACAAACUAAAAUCAAAUGGACAAAAAAAAUUAAAUGAAAAAGAAGUUUAUUCAAUCACAAUUAAGCCACAACCUUUUAAAUUAUUUUUAGAAAAAAGAGUAUAG